UUGACGCCUAAAUCCAGCAAGUAACAAACUCUAUCAACUCUCAUUUCUCAUCACUUUACUCUCCAAAUGCAAAUGCAAAAGAAACUCUAGAAAUUCCUUCUUUUUCUUCAUCUUCUCCAUUUUUUUCUCUUCUGGUUUCACCGUAACAAAUAAUCUCAACUAUCAACAACGUAUCUUUGAAUCAUGGAUUUUGAGGCUUCUCAUAACCCUCAAUUUUAUGUUGGUGAUGGGAGGGAACCUGUUUCUUGUGAGAACUUUAAAUCUCAAGAUUAUGAUCAUGUUCCUUUGUUACCAAGAUUUUCCUGGGUUUCGAGUUUGGAAAAAUGUAGUAGUAGUGCUGUUAAGAAGAGGGAUUUUGAGUUUGAUAACAACAAUUCCUUGCAUAUUUCUGUUAAGAAAUCAAAGAUGUUGCCCUAUCAUGAUCACCACAAUGAUGGAGACGAUGCUACAUUGUCGAAGAAAUUAACUGAUAAAUCAUUUUCCUCGCUGAAGAAAGACCUUACAUUGUUAGAAAAAUUAUUUGAGGAAUGUAAAAGGAAGCAGAAAGUAGAAGAAAAGAGAUUGCAGUCCAUCAAGACAGAUAUUGAGGACUGCUGCAAAGAGCUUCAAAAUAAGAAAAAGCAAGUUAGUUGUGUUAGAAGAAUUGAUGAAGUUCGUGACAAAGUGCAGGAAGAAAUUGACGAUUGUAUCAAGCAGUUUGUGGUAAAGGAAGGGCAGCUCUAUUUGAUGGAAAACUUGAUUGGAGAGCGCAAGCUAGAGCUCAAGGCGAAAGAGAUAGAACUUAAUCAAGUCAAGGGGAACAUUUCAAAAGAAAUAGAACUUCGUCAAGUCAUUGUUAACAUUGAUAAGGACCGUGAAAGGAAGGAAGAGGAACUCAAGGCUCUUUCCCAAAAAAAUGCUGAAUUUACUUUUAAAUGUAAGGCCAAAGAGAUAGAACUUGAUGCAUUGAACAAACUAAUUGGCAAACAAGCUGAAAAAUUAGAGUCUGAAAAGAACAAGUUGCUGAAGGUAACCUCCGAAAAGAAGCGACUUGAAGGUCAGGUUAAGGAACUUGAGUCAAAAGAGAAGCAAUGUGAAGGACGGCUGGAGGACCUUGAGUCAAAGGAGAAGCGUUUUGAAGUACGGGUAAAGGAGUUGAUGUCAAGAGAGAAGCAGCUUGAAGGAUAUAUGAGGGAGUUUGAAUCAAAGAUGGAGGAACUUGAAGGUCGUUCGAAGGAUCUUGAAUCAAAAGAGAAGCUAGUUGAACGACGGGAAAUGGAGCUAAAGUCAAAAAAGAUGCAACUUGAAGGCCGGAAGAAGGAGUUUGAAUCAAAAGAGGAGAAAGUUGAAGGCCAAAUCAAGGAGCUGGAAUUUAAAAAGGAGCACUUUGAAAGCCAAUUGAAGGUGUUGCAGUCAAUAGAAAACCAACUUGUAGGCCAAGUGAAGGAGUUUGAAACAAAAGAAAAAGAGUUUGAAAGUCAAAUGAAGGAGUUGGAAUUAAAACAGAAACAUUAUGAAAGCCGGAUGGAGGACCUUGACUCAAAUGAGAAGCAACUUGAAAGCCGGUUGAAGGAGCAUGAAUCAAAAGAAAGAGAGUUUGAAGGCCAAGCAAAUGAUAUGGAAUAUAAAAGAAAUGACUUUGGAAGACAAGUGAGAGAGUUUGAGACAAAAGAGAGUCAACUUGUGGGCCGAGUAAACGAGUUUGAAUAAAAAAAAAAGGAGAUUGAAGGCCAACUGAAGGACCUAGUAUCUAAACAGAAACAUUAUGAAAGCCGGAUGGAGGACCUUGACUUAAAUGAGAGGCAACAUGAGGGCCGGGUGAUGGAGCAUGAAUCAAAAGUGAGAGAAUUUGAAGGCAAAGUGAAGGAUCUGGAAUCUAAAAAGAAGCAUUUUGAAAGCCAAGUGGAGGAGCUCAAAUCAAAAGAGAGGCAAACUCAAGGACAAGCUAAAAUACCAUUUUUCAAUUGGUGGAUCAGAAAAGGGAACAAUUAAGGAAAACGGGUGAAAUAAUUCCUUUUAAGAAGAUAGUAAAACUCUUAUUUAAAUUUGCUAAAGGAAAAUACUUUUAGAUGAUAAGUAAAAACUAUGCAGGAAAUUGAAUUGUUUUGUAAUUCGAUUCAUUUUGUUUCCCCCAACUGUUGUCUCAUUUGUUAAGGGAAAAUUGACAUCUUAGUGUUAAUGCUUGGAAAAUGAAAUUGACUUGAAAUGUAUCUCUCUUUUUAUGCAUCUCUUCCAUUUUCUAAACAGUUUUGACAGAUUUUCAA